AUGGCCUCGGCCAACUCCCGGCCAGGUGCCAUGGACCUGCGCAUGGCCUCGGAGUCAGGGACGCUGAGCGCCACUGCUGCCUCACUCAUCCCCAAGGCCAGGGCAGGGCGGGCGCAGCGGGCUGCGGGCCUCCUCCUGGCCCUGUGCUCUGCGGCGCUCUGCCUGGCCGAGGAGCCCCUGGCGCACACCGCGCGUGUCCUCACCUCCUACUUCGUGACCCUCCAGAUCGGGGCAUUGCUCAAGGGCGCCUGCUACUUGGCGGAGGAGAUUUUCCACCUGGAGACCAGGCACCGCGGCAGCUUCUGGAGGGCCCUGGGCGCCUGCCUGCACCUGCGCUGGCAUGUGACCCUGCUGCUCGUCAGCGGCUCGGCCUACGCGGCCCUCCUCGACGGAGACAGAUGCUCACUCGGCCUCCACCUCAUCCUCUCCUGCUUCUGCCAGCUCCUCUUCCUCGCCCUCGGGCUCCAUAAGCCCUCAGCUGUGGAAAUAUCCGAGAUGUCUGAGCGGUCCAAGCAGAACGUCGCUCAUGGGCUCGCCUGGUCUUAUUAUGUUGGGUACCUAAAAAUAGUUCUGCCACGCCUGAAAGAGUCAAUGGAGAAAUUCAGCAGAGCCAACCCCAACGUGCUGGCACACAGGGAGACCUGGAAGCUCCACAUCCUGGUCCCUCUGAGCUGCAGCAUCUGUGACGACCUGGAGAAAGCUGACAGCAACAUCCAGUACCUGAUGGACCUCCCAGAAACAACUCUGACUCGAGCUGGUACGAAAAGAAGGGUCUACAAGCACAGCCUCUACGUAAUCAGGGAUAAAGACAAGCUCAGGACAUGUGCGGUGGAGUUUGCCACCCCACUGCAGUCUCUCUACGCCAUGUCCCAGGACGAGGCUGCAGGCUUCAGCCGGGAGGACCGCGUGGAGCAGGCCAAGCUUUUCUACAGGACCUUGGAGGAGAUCCUGCAAGGGGCCAAGGAGUGUGCGGGCACCUACCGCCUCAUUGCGUACGAGGGGUCGGGCGAAGCUGAAACCCACUUCUUGUCCCAAGAGAUCCUGCGGCACCUGCAGCAGCAGUGUCGGGAGGAGUAUGCAGUGUGUCCCGGCUCCUCCUGCUCCACCGACCUCAGCCUCCAGAUCAGCGGGUCAGACCUGCCACAGCCUCUGCAAAGUGACUGCCCCUGA